CUCCCUGAUUUUAUUUUUCUGAAACAUUUAAUAUAAUUGCCAUCCUCCAAGAUGAAUAGAAUAUGUUUAUUUUGGAGAUUUGCAAAAUAACAGGAAUUUAUUUCCUGUUACUCAGAAAUCCUGCUUUCACAGGAUUUCUACUCAGUCUCAAAAACUCUGGAGAAGUAUGAAAUUGGCUUCUCUCAUUUUCCACAUUUGGAAAAGUAUGGUAAUUCUUUAUUAAGGAAUUAUAUUAAGUUUUCUGAUUUUUUCCCCCCUUAUUCCAAUUUUGAACUGACAAAGUCUAAUAAUCCUUUACAAAUACUAUUGUUAUCACAUAAGUUUAUUAAUUUUAUAUGCUUUAUCUUAAAUUUUGUUAACUCUCGGAUUAGUUUGAACAUUUUACCCAUCAAUAUCUCAUUUUUGACUUACUGAUUGUGUGUAAGAACUUAAAACUUUAAGAAGUAUUGGGUUGAACUGUCCCAAUUUGAUCAAAAAUCCAAAACAAGCCCUGGAACUGAUACAUUUAGCAGACAUAUUUGCUCUCUCAUUGUGGCAUUUAGCAAAUCUACAUGUUGAGUUUGUUUUCAUGGAAACGGUUUCAUAUGUAUCAGCCUGUAACCUGUUUAUCUUAUCUAUCAUCUGCUGACCUAUAACCAAACCUCCAGCAAUGGUUGUGAGCUCCACCCAGUUUGAUCUCCAGUAUAAAAACAGGGGGCGCAGCUCAGGAGACCAAAACAAGAGUUCAACUUCUGCACCGUUCUACCUCCUGCAAAAUACUGGUGGAAAAAAAUGACUAUAGCUGGAGAAGCUGAAGUCUGAUCAAGGCUUUGCGGGGAGAAGAUACGUGUAGAAUUGAAGUUGGAUUAAAAAAAAGAGAGUUUUGCAAACUUUAUAUGCAGGAUUUUUCUUUUAAUUAAAGAGGUUUUAUAUAUGUAUAUAUAUAUACGCUACUCCUAUUCCAGACGUUUAAAAAAUGCGUCCGCUAAAUGAGAGCGACUUUGUGGAUGCGCACGACGUCCCGCGGGACGAGAGUCUGGCCCGGGUGGAGAUCGCGCUGCUCGGUGCGAUCUUCGUGACCGCUGCCAUCCUCAACACCGCCCUGCUGCUGGUCCUCUGGCGGCAGCGCAAACAGAUGUCCAGGAUGCGCGUCUUCGUCUUCCACCUGUGCCUGGCGGACCUGGUGGUCGCCUUUUUCCAGGUGUGCCCGCAGCUCAUGUGGGACAUCACGGACCGGUUCGUGGGACCCGACGUGAUGUGCCGCCUGGUGAAGUACCUGCAGGUCCUGGGCAUGUUUUCCUCCACCUAUAUGAUCGUGGUGAUGACGGUGGACAGAUAUCAAGCCAUCUGUAACCCGAUGGUGAAGUUUCAGCGGGCGCGCUCAAGACUGAACGUUCCCGUGUGCGUGGCGUGGGGGAUUUCUCUCGUGGGCAGCUUGCCGCAGGUUUUUAUCUUCUCCCAAGUGGAGGUCGCACCCGGCGUGUUUGACUGCUGGGCGGAAUUCAUCCAGCCGUGGGGCCUGCAGACCUACAUCACCUGGACCACUCUGGUCAUUUUCAUCCUGCCGGUUUCCACGGUUGUGGUUUGCCAGGUGCGCAUCUGCAGAGCCAUUCAGACCAACCUGUCCAGAAAGACUCACAGGCAGGGAGUGAGCGUCGGGGCGCCGCUGCCCGCAAGAGCCAGCGGAGUGGCUGGGAUGUCCAAAGCCAGGGUGAAGACGCUGAAGAUGACCGUGGUCAUUGUGUUGGUGUAUAUCAUCUGCUGGGCUCCCUUCUUCACCGUCCAGUUGUGGUCCGCCUGGGACGCAAAUGCGCCUAAAGAGACUGCGAUUUUCACCAUCCUCAUGCUGCUGGCCAGCCUGAACAGCUGUACCAAUCCCUGCAUCUACCUCCUGUUCUGCGGGGAGUUCCCCAAGAGGCUGGUGAAGCUCCUGCGUCCACCGCCGCUCUCUGCCGCAAUCAUCAGGAGAGCAAAUCGGGGAUGGAUGGCCGUAAAUGAGAUGUGGACAGAGUCUCCUUCAGUUGUUGGUCUGAAAGGUGAUUUUACUUGAAUGGAGCAUUUUCAACUGGAUAAAGACUUAAAAAAAAACAAAAAAUGACAGGAUAUUUCUAAAGCCUGGAAGAGACUGGAGUUUUGAGGGCUCUUUAUUUUUUAUUUCAGCUGCACAAUGUUUUAUUUUUUUAUAUAUGUACAAAGGUUUGUGGAAAGAAAUAUUACAGACACAACAAAUUGUACCACAGAGUGAUACUCAUUUGUUGGAUCUGUGUUUAAUUCUUCAAUAAUAAGCUGCUGGAAAAGCUAAAGAACAAAAAGUCUUUGUAUAAAUGUACAAAAAGGUUUGAUGCUUUUGUUCUGGAAAAAAAAAAGUGCUCAUGUUUGUUGUGAUGAAGGUGAAUUUUCUGACAAGUGAAGAAUAAAUCUACUUUCUUUCUGAGGCCGUAUGACAUAAAAAUAUGAAAACAAUAUUAUAGGCAUAAACUUGAAAUGAAUCGUGUGUUACAUUGCCUUGCUAAAGUAUUCCUGCCCCACGAACAAUCCCAACUUAUGUUACAACCAUGAACUUUGAUGUGUUUUGUUGGGAUAU